UGUGCCACUUCACCCCAACUAGAAUGGCAUCUAGUAGGGAAGACUGUUGGCGCCGCACUUCCCUGGAACCAUGACUGUCCGGUUGGUCCUGCGUUGUGAGAAAGCCUGGGAGAGAGUGUGGAGCCUGUAAGCCUUGCGCAGGCAGUUUUGGGCACCCCCAUGGCCUGGUCCGGGGAUGAAUGGAAUGGAGCCACUGCACAAUGUGUCCACCAAUCAGAGCCAGCAGGCACCCACUAGCCUUCCGUACUCGCCUCUUGCCAUGGCACUUAUCAUGGUGGCAGUGCUGACGGUGGCACUCGUGACUCUGAUUGGGAACAUGCUGGUGGUCCUGGCGGUGUACACCAGCCGUGCCCUCCGCGCCCCACAGAACCUCUUCCUGGUGUCUCUGGCUGUAGCUGACAUCCUGGUGGCCACCCUUGUCAUCCCCUUCUCCCUGGCCAAUGAGGUCAUGGGCUACUGGUGCUUUGGCAGCUUUUGGUGCAGCCUCUAUCUGUCACUGGAUGUGCUCUUCUGCACUGCCUCCAUCAUGCACCUCUGUGCCAUCAGCCUGGAUCGAUACUGGGCAGUAACCCGAGCUGCCCGGUACAACCUUAAAAGGAGCCCCCGGCGGAUAAAAUGUAUGAUUGGGGCGGUCUGGGCCAUUGCCGCCUUUGUCUCCCUGCCACCUCUUUUCAAGUCCACACACCAGGACUGGAAGUGUGAGCUGCACGACGACACCUGGUAUGUACUGGCUUCCUGCACUGCCUCUUUCUACGCCCCCUGCCUCAUCAUGGUUGCUGUCUAUUGCCGAAUCUAUCACGUGGCCAAGCACAGGAACUCUGUGGUUAUUGCCACGAGGCGAGUGUCCUGUCCCAGUGUCCUCCCUGCUGCCAAGUGCGACACCCGCAGAGUGAGUGCGGCCCAUUGCCCUGGAGAAGUGCAGAAUGUGGCUGGGGAACAUGGCCAGCUUCCCCACUCCCAGCAUGGCUUGUCCCGGCUCUCUCAGCAAUGGAGGGUAGAAGAGGCUGGCAACAGCAGUGGCAGGCCUCAAAGGACCCCAAGGCUUUCGUGGUCCAUGCCCUCUGGCCAGCAGCAGCGAAGGAGCAGGGACAUGUCCAUCUCCACCAACCGGCUGAUGCAGGCACGGGAGCGCAGGUUCACCUUUGUCCUGGCUGUCAUCAUUGGAGCUUUUGUGCUCUGCUGGUUCCCGUUCUUCUUCACGUACAGCCUCGAGUCAGUGUGUGGGGAAGGCUGCCACAUCUCCAGGACUCUCUUCCAGUUCUUCUUCUGGGUUGGCUACUGUAACAGCAGCUUCAACCCCAUCAUCUACACUGUUUUCAACCGGGACUUCCGCCGGGCCUUCCAGCACCUUCUGUCUCGUGCCUGAACCUGGGAGAGACCUGCUGCAGGGGCCUUUGGGUCUAGGUGUAGGAUGUCAUCCUGGGGUCACAGUGAAGGCAACUGGUUGAGGCUGGCGAACCGAAUAUUUUUGCUGAAGGACUUCCAGCAAGCAAAAGUGGCCACACAGUGGUGUCAGUGCUGCAAAGAGCAGUUGCGCAGGAAGUAUGACAUUCCUGGACAGGAGUUGGAGGGCUGGUAGGCCUCGUUAUGCCAUAGUGUCCUGCCUGCUAGUCCCUCCAACAUUGUGCUGGUGCCUGUUCCCCAGCUCAGCAGAUUGGGGGCAAAGAAAGAACCACUGGAGGAGGGACCUUGUCGUUGUCCAAGGGACCUUGUCGUUGUCCAGGGUGACACUAACUCACAUUUUUGACUUGGCUUGUGGUACACCUGCCAAAAUGUCUGGCCAUUGUUACAGUAAAGCGGGCAAGUGUGCAUUCUGGUCUCUCCCACCUUGCUGUAGGAGAGCAACCUUGGUCACAGAGAUCAGUGUACGCUUGUACUUUGGUCUGUUCCAAAAAACUAUUCCAGCCCAUGGAAGCUCUGUCAUGUACUUAUGUCAUAGCUGUUUCAUAGGAAGGAGAAUGACCUGGGAAACAGAAGAAGAAAAAGAAGAGUAGAGUGUUAAAGGAGAUGCAAUGAAAGUGAAGAUGUAUACUUGCUCCUGAGUGCUUUCCCCGCCUCAGCUACUCGGUUCUUUGUCCAAACAAGGGAAAUAGUAUUUGGGGUAUAUUAAAAGUUCCUUUUCUGGA